AUGCAAAUUGAACCACUCAUUUUGCUAGCCUUUGCAACGUCGCUUGUCCAAGCAGCUGCAUUUAAAGUGAAAAGAUAUGACAACUCCAGUGCCGUUCAUAGUUCGUCGUCGUCACCACUCAGCUCUUUGACGAGCUUGACAUCUUCUGAAGAAGAAGAAGAUGUCACUUCGACCAUUACCCAGUAUGUCACCGUGACAUUGCAAACCACAACGGAGACAUCGGCACUUGGUACAGUGACCACCACUUUUGCCUCGAGUGCUUCGUCACAGAGACAAACUAUUGACGCUCAAGUCAAGGCCGCUGUCACGCCAGAAGCACCAUCGUCUGCUGCUCCUAGUACAGUGGCCAGCUCGUUGCAAACAUCAGCCAUUGCCGCAGGCGCAGUUGAAAAGGCAGUUUCCCCAACAGGUGCAGGUGCAGCAGCAUCACAGGCUUCCCCUGCUUCCAGCGCCGACGCUGAUGAUGUUUGCGUUCCAUCGACGGUGACCGUCACCGUCACCGCAACACCAAGUGCAACUCCAGUUGCUGCUGCUGCCGCAACACCUAACACCCACGUCUCAACUACGACCUAUGUCACUCAAUACCCAGUCGAGGCCGCUUUUACACACGACGAUACCACAACUACCAUCACUUCAUACGUCCAAGUGACCCAAACGCAGCUUUACACUUUGAGUUCGAGUUCAGGCUCAAGUUCAAGCGUGGAGGCAGUUCCCACGUAUGGAACAACUGCUGGCUCGAUCUCGAUCGUUCCAACCUACGUAGGAAAAGCUUACUCCAACAACACCAUUGCCGCAAACACUUAUGCCAAUACAACCACUUGGUAA